AUGGUGAUUGUCGACACUGAAGAACUGGCCAAGGGAUAUACAGUUGUUAGCAACACCCAAUUCGAUGCCGGUCUAUUUCUUCUCAAAAGACUUAAUAUCCAAUCCGGAGAGCGAGUUUUCGAUGUCGGCUGCGGACCUGGCAAUAUUACAGCCCAUAUAGGUGACAUUGUCGGAAAAGACGGGGCCGUCGUGGGUAUUGACCCAAGCAAGGAACGCAUUACCCUCGCACACGAACUUGCCUUAAUCAACCCAAUAUUGUCAUUCUAUGAGGGCAAAGCCGAGGAUCUGUCACGUUUCUCAUCAUCCAGUUUUGAUGUCGUUUUUGUGAACUCUACCUUCCAUUGGGUUCAGGACCAGCCAGCGGCAAUGGCCGAGUUUGCUCGUGUACUCAAGCCGGGAGGCCGGCUUGGAAUGUCAGGAGGAUCUGGAGACUUUGUCGCAAUUCACGAGAAGAUCAAGGAUGAUGUGCUUUCGAAAGAUCCGUACUCGGCCUACCCACAGGAGAAUGGCCCCAAGUUCCUUAAGAGGAGCGAGAUCGAAGGGCUGCUUGACCAGGCUGGGUUCUCAAAGAGGGAAAUCGUCAUUAACAACAUCGUCAAAAUCGCCCAAGAUGGAGCAGCCAUGAUUGAGUGGUUGGAUACGAGCUCAUCUGGAGCUACGUAUGGGGGAAUUCCCCUGAAUUUGCGGCCAAAGGCAAGAGAGGACAUGAAGGUGGAGUGGGCUAAAUUUACGACGGCAGACGGAAUUCGAAUGGAUAUGGAGUUAUUGGUUACUGUCGCUAUUAAGGAUUGA